UCUCUCUCUCUUCUCUCUUUUAUCUUUCCCCUCUUCUUCUUCUUCCCUCUUUUCUCUCACUUAUCUCGUUCUCAUUUUUUGAUUAUACUCCCUGCUUCUCUUUACUUCUCUUUAUUGCAGGUUUUGGUAGAAUCUGGCCAUUGAUCGCAGCGCAAUUGCUGUCAUCCGCCUGGUCAUUUUACUCUUCCUUUCAUGACCACAGGACUACCCCUGCAGGCGUGACUUGGUCUCCGAACCAUUGUGUCUCGACUCCUCGUCGAACGUCCACACCGACCACACACAACUCCCAUUCAUCCCCUGGACACAAUCUUUUUCUCUUCUUCCUUUUCCCUUCCUUCUUUCUUGUUCUUUGUCUUUCCGUAGACCGUCUCCUCCAUUCUUCGGUUUUGGGAACCUUCUGUGGCUUCGCCCCCCACUACUGUCCUCCCUCGAGGGUUACAGAUCCUCGCCUUCGCGCCGCACCACCGCAGGCAGGGUUGUAGGAAGGGCUGCUGGUUGCUGCAUUGAUCGUUCCACCGGCUGAGCGCUUUACCUGCAGCCAUUACGUACGAUCUCUAAAUCGCCUGUUGCCACUGCUGCGACCUUCCACCAUCUCUUCGGUCCUCGAUCUCGACCGUCUCUUUCUCAUCCCUCCCCGCUCCGGAUCAUAUAUGGCUGGUGUGCAGCUUUAACAACCCACCAUGACUGAUUACCGUUUGCCUUUCCGUCACAAUGCGGCCCCGGCUCGGAAACCCGUGCCGGGCUCAUCGUCCGGGUAUCCCGGGCCCGCCUAUGACCCUCAACAACAGCAACAACAACCACCACAACAGCUGUCCCCCCUUCCCACGCCCGCCUCCCUCGCCCACAGUCGCAAUCGGACCUCCUCAUCUCAUGUGCUGCCCUACAUGGCACAACAGCAACAGCAGCAGCAAUACAUGGGUAGUGGUCCCUCGCCGCUUCCCACCAUGACCUCCCCCCUCCACUACCCGCCCUCGCGGCGCUUAUCGAGCGCCACCACCUCCAGCAACUCCACCGGCAACCCCGCCGGCCCCUUCUCCGACAUCCAUCGGAGUGCCUCGUCACGGUCCACCCAGGGCCAGCUCGGCUACGUGGCCUUGAUGCGCCGACAGAAGGCCACGGUCUGGUGCGACCGCUCCCAGCCUGAGGAUCCCCGCCUCCGUGCCCAGAAGGUGGCGGACAAGAAGCGAGCCUAUCUGGAAGUCCACGGCGCAGGCGCCGGACGCAAAGGACCGCUCGCCGGGGGCAAGAACAAGCACGGCGCCAAGGGCGCUGCCGACUUCUCCGCCUCGACGCUCGUGGGCGCCAAGGUGCCGGUCCGCCUCAGCGCCAACGAGAUCGGCGACGCCGAAGAUGACGCUCGCAGCGACUCGGGCUUCCCCUAUCGUCGCACGGGCAGCGGUCGCAGCUCGAUCGGGAGCGCCCACCGCUACCCCAGCGGCUACCAGCGGGCCACCCCGCAGGGCACCAUGGGGAGCAACGGCACGCCCCCGAACGAGAAGACUGACCUGCCCGAGGUGACGGAGCACCCGCCCGCCGAGAGCCGUGUCGACGACAAGGCGGAGACGGGCUCCCUGCGGGACGACGCCGGCACCCUGCACAGCCGCGGCAGCGAUCGCGAGAACAGUUUCGGUAGCGUGGGCGACAUGACCGCCCCGAGUGCGGCCCACACAGUUGUCAAUAAGGCCAACAAGGCCGACGAACUGCGGCGACGGGGCAGCGUCGAUGACCGUACUACGUCGAUGACGAACGUGCGCCUCUUCGUCGCCAAUCCGGACUUGAGCGAUUAAUUUUCUGCCUUCCGUCUGUUCUUCACUCUUUUUAUUCUUUGCCCCUUCAAUCUCCGUGUACCGCACUCCGUCCUCUUGCCAAUCUUCCGUUUUGCUCUUUGUCCGCACCAGGCACGGGUCACGAGACACGAACUGACCGAGCGGGCACACAGUCCGCUCUCCUGGCGUGCGUCUUGUGUCUUUUCCGUCCUGUUCCCUUUUACCCGUCGCUGAUAUCUUUCCCGGACUGUCCGGCCGGGCCGCAUUGCAUCGUUUCGUCCCUGAUUCCCCGGAGUGUCUUGUUCUCAGUGCGCCUUUCAGCUCCUCCUUCUGAGGGUCAGGAGGGAACUCUCAGAGUCGCUAGUAAUAAUAAUACGAUCUGUACAUAUGUAUCUUCCAUACACCGAUCAUCAUGUAGUCUAC